UUCCGCAAAAUCUUUUCAUUUUUUAUAAAUAAUAUUGUGGCAAGGUAUUUUCUCUUAAAUUAGUAAAAGUUUUUGCUUGUACGGGUUGUCAUUAAAAGAUAUUUGGCAACAGUCUUAUUUAUUGGAUGAGUUGGUUCAAAGUUGGCUGUACUGGUGUCGGCAAAAUAAAUAGAAAAAUUAGCUUUUAUUUAAAAACUUUAAUUGCUGUCUAAAUAAAAGUACUCAAUUUUGUGUCCAAUAUGGAUGUAGCAUCAUUUUUUGAUGAUGUAAAGCGAAUGAACAAGCGACAGUUCUUAUACCAAGUUUUAAGCUUUGGUAUGAUCGUUUCUUCAGCUUUAAUGAUAUGGAAAGGUUUAAUGGUGAUAACAGGUAGCGAAAGUCCCAUUGUAGUCGUCCUUUCGGGAAGCAUGGAACCUGCAUUUCAUAGGGGUGAUUUAUUAUUUUUAACAAAUUAUCCUGAAGAGCCUGUUCAAGUAGGAGAUAUCGUUGUGUUUAAAGUUGAAGGAAGAGAUAUUCCUAUUGUGCAUCGAGUACUUAAACUCCAUGAAAAGGAAAAUGGAACUGUGAAAUUUUUAACCAAAGGUGACAAUAAUAGCGUUGAUGAUCGAGGGUUGUAUGCACCAGGUCAGUUGUGGUUAACCAAGAGUGAUGUUGUUGGUAGAGCUCGAGGAUUUCUUCCAUAUGUGGGGAUAGUUACUAUUCUAAUGAACGAGUAUCCAAAAUUUAAGUAUGCAAUGUUAGCUUCAUUAGGAUUGUAUGUUCUUGUUCAUCGGGAAUAACCAUAUUUUGAGUAUGGUGAUGUAAUUAAUGAAUUUAAAUAGAAAAUUGAAAGGUUUUUCAAUCUCAAAAAUGUAAUUACAUUGUAUUCAUCAUUUUACCUUUCAAAGGGGUGUAACUAAUUUUUGUAAUAUUAAGUACAGAACUGCAUAUUUUUUAAAAUCAUUGGAGUAAGUAAUUUAUAAUAAGUUCACACAUAAACUUGUUAAACUUUUAAGGAAUAAAUGUUUUUAUAAAA